CAGCAGAAAUGUUUUUGCUGAACAUGCAGAAAGCUGUUCUAGACCUGGAGCAGUGUUCGAUUGAACGAUGCGCGGCGGGCGUAGUGAUGGUGGUGGUGGUGGUAGUUCGCCGUGUCUUCUGCCGUAUUCCAUCAGGCAAGCCCAUUUGUGAUCUACAUUGUCGGGAUCUAGCCGGCGAGCGAAUGCGCAGCAGUGUUUGGCUUUCGUAGAAAAUGGCUCCCUUUUUUGUGUGGACGAAAUUCGAUUCUUUGUGCGUUCAGGCGCGCUCGCGCACACACAUACACAGCGCAUGUUUGAGCACGUUCUGUUGCCGGACGUUGCCGGCAUUGAAGUGGUGGUGCUGUUUGUGGAGUUUGGGCACGCUGUUUUAUUUUUCUUAUCAGAAUUUUCCCAAUCCUUGGCGGGUGCUGUUGCAGGCGGACAACAUUGAAGCUGUGCGAGGCCUUUUGGGCUUGGGGAGAACAAUUACGAGUGUAGCAUCCGAACAGAAUGGACCAACCCAAUCGUGGACGCGGUCGCGGAACACGUGGCGGACCCGGCGGCAGCGGUGCGCAGCCGAACUGGAAGCAGGGCGGUGGUCCCUCCCGCCCGCCGUACGUUUCCGACCGCCCCCAGGAAGCAGCAGGCACUAGCGGAAAUGGUGGCCACGGUAACGGCAAUGGCAACGGCAACGGCAACGGAAAUGGAAAUGGAGAUCCAUCCACUAGAUCGGUCGUACCGGUGGCACAGCGCGGCGGCGGCAACGGUGGCGGAGCAGGGGCCGGCGAUGGGCCGUCGGGGCGGGGUGCGAUGCGCGGAUCGCGCUACGUGCCGGAGGUGGUCGUGACCCGGCUGCCGAACGCACCGUCCAAGCAAGGCACGCUCGGCACGAAGCUGCUGCUCAAGACGAACUACUUCCGGCUGACGCGCAAGGAGGACAGCGUCAUCUUCCAGUACCGCAUCGACUUCGAUCCGGUGGUGGAGGAUCAGCGGGUGGUGCAUGCGCUGCUCCGCACCCAGGGCCCGCUGUUCGGGCCGUACAUCUUCGACGGCACGAUGCUGUUCCUGUACAACAAGCUGCGGCAGGACGAGGUCGAGCUGCAGGUGAAGGACCCGCGCACCGACCUGCUGUACAAGCUGCGCAUACGGCGCGUUGGCACGGUCGACAUGACGUCGGAGAAGGCGUUCCUCAUACUGAACCUGAUGCACCGGCAGGCGAUGGGCAGCCUGAAGCUGCUGCCGAUCAAUCGGUACUACUUCGACCCGCUGGCCAAGAUUUCCAUCCCCCAGUACGGGCUGGAGCUGUUCCCCGGGUACGUGACGUCGAUCCGGCAGCACGAGAAGGACGUGCUGCUGUGCGUGGAGAUCACGCACCGGGUGAUGCGCACGGACACGGUGUACAAGACGCUGCAGAACAUGCAGCGGCAGCCGGGCGCGUUCCGGGAGAACUUCGUCAAGAUGGUCGUCGGCUCGCAGGUGAUGUGCACGUACAACCAGAAGUCGUACAAGGUGACGGACGUCGACUUCAACACCACGCCGUCGUCGUCGUUCACCAGCCGGGAGGGCGAAAACAUCACCUUCAUGGAGUACUACCGCAAGGCGUACAACAUUACGAUCCGCGACCCGAAGCAGCCGAUGCUGGUGUCGACGCCGAGCCAGCGCAUGCUGCGGUCGGGCGCGAGCGGCCCGAUCCUGCUCGUGCCGGAGCUGUGCCGGCUGACCGGCAUCACGGACGACAUGCGGCGGGACUUCAAUCUGAUGCGCAGCAUCGCGGACCAGACGCGCAUCGGGGCGGACAAGCGCAUCGAGCGGCUGCAGCGGUUCAACGAGCGGCUGCAGGAAACGCCGGCCAGCCGGGAGGUGUUCACGUUCUGGAAGACGGAGCUCGACCGGCGCCUGGUGGAGGUGCCGGCCCGCCUGCUGGCGCAGGAGACGAUCAUGUUCCGGGCGGACGGGGGCGGCGUGCCGGCCGGCCCGGAAGCGGACUGGAAUCAGGCGUUCCGCAACAAUCACAUGUUCAAGACGGUGCCGCUGCAGCGCUGGUUCAUCGUUUGUGAGCGCAAGGCCGAGCAGCUGACGCGGGACUUUGUCGGUGCGAUGAUGCAGGUCUCGAACGGCAUGGGCUUCAAGGUGGCACAGCCGCAGAUCCUCUAUCUGCAGAACGAUUCGGGCGCGUCGUACACGAACGCCAUCAACGAGCUGAUGAACAAGGAUCCGCAGCUGGUGAUGUGCAUCGUGCCGAACGAUCGGGCCGACCGGUACAAGGCGAUCAAGAAGAAGUGCUGCGUCGACCGGCCGCUCCCGUGCCAGGUGAUAAAGGCGCGCACGAUCACGCCGAAGAAUCAGAACCUGCGCGCGCUGCUGACGAUCGCGACCAAGGUGAUGAUACAGCUGAACUGCAAGCUCGGCGGCAUACCGUGGAUCGUGAAGAAUCCACUGAGCAGCGUGAUGGUGGUCGGGUUCGACGUGUGUCACGACGCGAGCGACAAGUCGCUCUCGUACGGUGCGCUGGUCGCGACGAUGUACGCCGCCAAGCACAUCGAGCCGAAGUACUUCUCGGUGAUCGAGCGACACCAGCGGGGCGAGGAGCUGUCCAGCUUCCUGUCCAGCAACAUCGUGAAGGCGCUGCGCAAGUACCAGGAGCAGUUCGGCGAGGGCGUGCUGCCCCGCCGCAUCCUCGUGUACCGCGACGGCGUCGGCGACGGUCAGCUCGGCCACGUGGUCGACCACGAGGUGCGCGCGAUCAAGGAGAAGCUGACGCGGGUGUACGAGAACCACGAGUUCAAGUCGCAGCUGACGGUGAUCGUGGUGAACAAGCGCAUCAACACGCGCCUGUUCGACGGGGGUCGCAACCCGCCGCCCGGCACGGUGGUGGACGAUAUCGUCACGCUGCCGGAAAGAACCGACUUCUUCCUUAUCUCGCAAUCGGUGCGCCAGGGUACGGUGUCCCCGACCUCGUACAACGUGAUCUUCGACGAGAGCGGCCUCAAGCCGGAUCAGCUGCAGGUGUACACGGCGAAGCAGACCCAUCUGUACUACAACUGGUGCGGUUCGGUUGCCGUACCGGCUGUCUGCCAGUACGCCCACAAGCUCGCGUUCCUGGUUUCGCAGUUCAUCCAUAACCAGCCCCACAAUAUGCUGGAAGGCCGCCUCUAUUAUCUGUAGAGAGUCAGCGAAAGAGAGAGAGGAAGAGAGAGAGAAAGAAGAGAGAAAGAGAGAAGAGAGAAAGAGAGAGAUGAUUUUUUCCUAAUAUUCAUUUAAUUACUGUUUCACCUUUCUCUAUUAUCGACUCGUCGCUACUAGUUAGUGACGCAAAGAAUUACCAUUUCAACUGCAACCUUGAAAGGUGGAAGCAACAAAAGGAAAGGGGGGUGUCCUCUAUUAAGUGUUAAACACACCCCAACGCCCCCCGUCGUUACCUACUUUUUUGUAUUUUUUUUUGCGCUUUACUUUCAAUCGAUACAGUUCUUCCUGCCACGCGCGCUCCCUCCCUCCCUACACAUUGCUGACAACUAAUUCGAAGCUCUAAGCCAGAAUUAUUAUUGUUCGUAAGUAAGAUACAAAGACGGAGAAUAGCUCUGCAAUUGUGCCAGAAUUUUAUAGAAUGUACUUUACAUCUCCCCCCCCCCCCUCCCGUAAUCGUUUACCAUUCAUCUCAGGGUAAUUCAAAGAACAGGGAACGAGAGGUGUACGUUAGUUGCUAAGCAUUGUUUCUACAUUUUCUUACCGUUAUCUCGAGUUGGAUAGAUUUGUUUUUGAUGCUUACAUUCAUUGUUGCACAUACAUAUACCGCACGCACACACAUGUUCGUAGACUGCGCUUAGAGGUGGCCAUUCCAGAAUUAGGAGACGACAAAAUCCCCCUACACGUAGCCAUUCCAGAAUUAGGAGACGACAAAAUCCCCCUACACGUUAUAUACAUGAGGUUAGCGUAGGUUUUUUUUACAAUAUUUUUACUGCUUUUAUUUUACAUAUUUUUUGGAACAUCUUACAAAUCCAAAGUGGACUUCAAAAGGCGCAUAUUGUGUUGUGACCUUGCAAACGAACUGUGGACACGUUUAUAUAUGAGCGAAAUCGAAUAAAAUGAACUUUUUGCGAUAAUGUAA